GAUAAUGACUGCAAAUUACUGUAAAGUGUUAACCAGCUGUUUUUCUCCUAAUAAAGAAAAGCAAAUUAAAUGUAAACAGAAAAAAGACCACUUAGAUUACUGUACACAUUUGUCAUACCAACUCACGCAGUUUAUGUAUUGUGUAUACACACUUUAUAAUCUGAGUUCAAAAUGCCUAAAUUGUCAGUCAAAUCUGCGCCUAGACUCAUAUUCACACAGUUGCCCUAAAUAUCUCCGCUCUUACACAGGCUUCACACAGUCCUGGAGCUCCACCCCUUUCCAGAGACUUUAGGAGAGUCUCCAAAACCGAGUUCUACCUCACAGGCCUACAGUCUCCAAGAUGUGGACCUCACUGUUCCUGAUCUCAGUCCUCUCCACUGUACUUUUCCCCUUGUGUGACACUCAAAUCAAUGGAAUAUUUGAGCCAUACGAUCUGCUUUUUGACAACGCGGUGGAGGCGUAUUAUAAGCAGGACUGGCUGGCUGUGAUCCUGAACAUGGAAAGAGCUUUGCGGAAUAAAGGAGCGCUGCGUAAAAUCCAGACGCACUGCCGCUUAUCCUGCGCGAAUCACACCGCUUUCGGGGAUUCUUUCCCAGGUUUGGGUGUCCCGAUCCCAGGAACCGGGCCUGUGGAGGAUUUAGCGUUUUUCCAGAGGAUUCUCAAACGGGCUGAUUGUGUGAAUGCAUGUGAAAGCGAGAAACUGGGACCACCGACACUUUAUAAAGUUAGUGAGAACAUAGAGCUGGAGUUCAAGAAGAGGACGCCUUACAAUUAUCUGCAAGUGGCUUACUUUAAGAUAAACAAGCUUGACAAGGCAGUGGCAGCAGCAAAUACAUUUUUCAUAGCAAACCCUGAACAUGCCGAGAUGAAACAGAAUUUAGAGUACUACAGGAUGAUGGCUGGGGUGCAUGAGACUGAUUUCAAGGACCUGGAGGAGAGACCGCACAUGGCUGAAUUUUUAGAAGGCAAGAUACAUUACAGUUCAGAAGAUUUUGCCCCAGCCAUCGAGCACUUUGAGGCCGCUGUAGAAGAAUACUUCACCGCUUAUGAAGAAUGCCGAGUUCUCUGCGAGGGAGCGUUUGAUUACGACGGGUACAACUACAUGGAGUACAGCGCCGACCUCUUCCAAUCUAUGACAGAUCAUUACCUUCACGUUUUGAGCUGCAAACAGAACUGUGCCGUGGAGCUGGCAUCCACCGCUGGAAGAGAGAAGCCUUUUGAAGAUUUCCUCCCCUCGCACUUUAACUAUCUUCAGUUCUCAUAUUAUAACAGUGAGAAAUACGAGCAGGCCAUUGAGUGUGCUAAAACAUACCUGCUCUUCCACCCUGAGGAUGCGGUCAUGGCUCAGAACCUGGCGUACUACUCCGCCGUGCUGGGAGAUGAAAAAGCUGCCAACAUUACAGCCAGAGAGGUUGUUAAGCAGCAUAUUAAGAAGUCUCUGCUGGAAAAAGAGCUCCUUUACUUCGGCUAUGAGAUGUUUGGUAAAACUUUUGUUGAUCCAGACACAUGGACUCCUGAGGAUGUCAUGCCAAAGAAACUACGAGACAAACAAAAGGCGGAUAGAGAAACAGCCGCGAGGAUUACUGAGGAGAUUGGUAACCUGAUGAAAGAGAUCGAGACACUUGUGGAAGAGAAGUCUAAAGAAACAUCAGACCUUGGCAUUUUGAUAAAAGACGAAAUCAAACCAGCACCUGCUCCGGAAACUGGCAACAAACUCCCGUUUGAUGACAUCAGGGUAACCAUGACAUCCACGGCCCUGAACGGUUCACAGCGAGUCGUCCUGGAUGGCGUCAUCACGUCUGAUGAGUGUCAGGAACUUCAUCGCCUCUCCGCUGCAGCAGCUCUUCAGGAUGGUUUUAAAGCAGCACCCUCCCCUCAUUCAGCAAGUGAGAUGUUUCAGGACAUCACAGUUCUCAAAGCUCUGCAGGAGGAUCUAGUUCCCUUGAAGAGUGCUCAUUUGUUUUUCAAUCUCAAUGAGAAGGUCCAUAAAGUUCUGGAAACUAACUUUGGUCUGGAAUCACCCCUUUAUUUCUCCAGCUCAGACCUGGUUUGCCGAUCCACCAUUGAGAAACAGGAAGACCGGGCAGACUGUCUGCUCAUCUCCGAGCUCAACGAGUGUAUCAGAGAGCCGUCAGCAUUCAGCGAACAAGGCUACAGUGCCAUUUUGUACCUCAAUGAUGACUUCGAAGGGGGAGAUUUUAUCUUCACCGAGCCGGACGCCAAAACCGUCUCUGCAGUGGUGAAGCCUCAGUGUGGUAGAGUUGUGGGAUUCAGAGCCGGACAGGAGAACCUUCAUGGAGUCACCGCAGUAACUAAAGGUCAGAGGUGUGCUCUAGUGCUUCGGUUCACUCUGGAUCCUCAUCACAAUGAGAAGGAGCGUUUACUGGCUGAAGAACUUCUGAAAAAGCUUUCUGGUCCAGUUGAAGCUGACGUCCAGAAAACAGUAACGGACAGUGAAGAGAAACCCUCUGAACCUGAUGGAACAAGUCCUGCUAAAACAACAGAAAAAGACACAGUAAAGACAAGCACGUCUGCAGAACAACCCAGCAAAGCUACUGAGGGCAACAAAACUGAUGGCAAGAAAAGUGAAAAACCAAAGGCCAAAGCAUCAAAAAAGACGACCAAAACAGAAACCCAAACAAAAGCUAAAGCAGACAAAACAAAAACCAUAACAACAGAAAAAAAGAAAUCAAAAACAGCCAACAAGACAAAACCUGUAAAGUCAGAUGAAAAAGAGAAACCACCUGGCAAGAAAACAGGCAAAGCAACUGUUAAAAACACUGCAAAUGACAAGAAAACAAAGUCAAAGACCACAGAACCUAAAGACUCUACAGCUGAAAAACACAAUGAGUUAUGAGCCUCUCUCUUUUAUUCUUAGUUUUUUAAUCAGAGAUGGAGCAGUGCUGAUGGUUGGGUACAUUUUUCUAAAACACUUUAAAAUCAAAGACAUAUCACAGGAGUGCAGACUUGUGGGUGACAAUCAAGUUAAGUGUUUUAUUUUCUG